UCUCCCCGCGCUACUCAGACGAGGAAGUGCAGUUUUGCGGUGACAGUGAAUUGAAAGUACGCCAUAAAUAUGGCGCCAAAAGAGUUUUCAAGCUGAACGCAGGAGCCCAUUUUUGGCAGCGCGGUUCAUUCCGGAGCAGACGGAGAAGUGGCUGCAGGAGCGGAGCCGCCGGUGAGCGAGUGCGGAGCGCCGCGGACGUCCAGGGGGGGCAGCCGGACCGGAGAAGCUCGGUGCCGUUUGGUUCGGGUAGGAGGGACGUUGCGAAACUGGACCUUUUUCCGACUCAUCAUCUGGAUAUAUAGCGGGUUUUGUUUCCCCGCUGCGACCCGUCGCCCCUGCUCGCAUCCCGCGUGUGGAGGAGGAGGUUUUUGGGGGCGCGUUCGGCGUGUUUUGGGGAAAUGCGACAUGCCUUCCUCCGGUGCGCGCACCUCGCCGCCUGCAGCACCGUGACCCGCAGCAUCUUGUCGUGGCCGACUUUGAGCGACUCUCACUGACUCUGGUCUCGUGGAUUAUCGUUUUUAUUGCUGAACUUGGUGAAGAAGAAGAAGAAGAAGGGGAGGAGGCGACGCUGCUGUCACGGCGCUCACCGCACACAUGACUCCCUGAUCGCCUGGAACCGAGAUGGAGAGCGAGACGAAGCGGAGAAAAUACUCCACCAGCAGCAACGACUCUGACACCACAGACAGUCAGGUGACAUCGUGGUCCAGGUCCCCCAUGAAUACAGGAACCAGCAGCACGUGGGUCCGCCACCAGCACAAGAAACCUUCAGAGGUUUUCCGCACAGACUUCAUCACGGCCAUGAAGCUUCCAGACUCGUCGCAGCUGGGCCCCGAUGACUUCUACGUGCUGUCGGACCCGUGGCGGCAGGAGUGGGAGAAGGGAGUGCAGGUGCCGGCCAACCUAGAGGCCAUUCCGGAACCAGCGGUCAGGUUGAUGGUGGAGUCGCCUCGAAACAGGCAGUACUCAGGAGGUCAGUCGCCCCCCACUCAACUCUACAGCUGCUACGACCUGGACGACCUGGAUGUGGCCUGGCUGGACCUGGUCAACCAGGAGUUCAGGAAAAUGGCCCUGCCAGAGUUGGACGAGCUGACGAUGGAGUGUGUCCUGGUGGAGCUGGAGAGUCUGUGCGAGGACAAGAUGCAGCAGGCCAUCGAGACCGAGGAAGGGCUGGGCAUCGAGUACGACGAGGACGUGGUGUGCGACGUCUGCCGCUCGCCUGAAGGAGAGGACGGGAACGAGAUGGUCUUCUGUGACAAGUGCAAUGUCUGCGUUCAUCAGGCCUGCUACGGCAUCCUCAAGGUUCCCCAGGGGAACUGGCUCUGUCGGACCUGCGCUCUGGGCGUCCAGCCCAAAUGCCUGCUCUGCCCCAAGAGAGGAGGAGCACUUAAGCCCACCCGCAGUGGAACCAAAUGGGUCCACGUCAGCUGUGCCUUAUGGAUCCCCGAGGUGAGCAUCGGCUGCCCGGAGAAGAUGGAGCCCAUAACCAAGGUGUCCCACAUCCCCGCCAGCCGCUGGGCUCUGUCCUGCAGCCUGUGUGGAGAGCACACUGGGACAUGCAUCCAGUGCUCGAUGCCCUCUUGUAUUGUGGCCUUCCACGUGACGUGCGCCUUCGACCACGGACUGGAGAUGAAAACCAUCCUGGCGGAAAACGACGAAGUGCGCUUCAAGUCCUUCUGUCUGGAGCACAGCUGCUCCUCGGGCAGCAGCAACCCAAGCACCACCAGCGCCUACAACUCCACCACCACCAGUGCAAACAACGCCAACGGCACCACGUCCCACACAGGGGACAGUGCCACCGCCGCCGGCCCCGAGCCGCGACUGAACCAGCAACCGCAAUCGAACGGCUGCGCCGACCAGGAGCAACGGUUGGUGCUGUUUCCCGUCUCGGCGUCGGAGCGGGCUGAGCGGGACCAGCUGGAGAGGGAGAAGGUGAGCCAGAGGAAGCAGAAGCUGCAAGAACUGGAGGAUGAGUUUUACCAACUGGUGGAUCCAAGGGAGGUGGCGGAGAGCCUGGAUCUGCCUGCGACACAGGUGGACUUCCUCUAUCAAUUCUGGAAGUUGAAGAGGAAGGCGAACUUCAAUCGACCUCUGGUGACGUUAAAAAGAGACGAAGUGGACAACCUGGCCCAGCAGGAGCAGGACGUCCUCUACAGGCGCCUCAAGCUCUUCACUCAUCUCAGACAAGACCUGGAGAGGGUGCGAAACCUUUGCUACAUGGUGACGCGGCGAGAGAAGAUGAAACACAGCAUGUGCGACCUCCAGGAGAAGAUCUUCCACCUGCAGGUGCAGCUGCUGGAGGAGAACAUGGCAGGAGCAGAGAAAAGCCAGAAAGGAGAGAAAAGGAAGCAGAGUGGGGUGAAGGAGAAAGGAAAGGAGAGAAGGAAGAACAGUCCAGAGAAGAAGAAAGACAGAUGGAAGACAGGGAGCGACUCGCUGCUUAAGGAGCUCGGUCUGUCCAAGUCCUUCCCAUUGGACAACUCCCUGUUCGACAGCUGGCUGGCCCAGUCGGUUCAGAUCACCGCAGACGACAUGCUCAGCCAGUGGGCCCUGGGGGCCCAGCAUGGGGACAAGAGCGCCAGUCUUCUCUCUGACCAGCUGCUGCAGGGGGAGGAGAGCCUGCUGAACCUGAUGAUGGAGAACUCCAUGCAGUCCACCUGGAAAACACCUCAGCUCGGACGCAAAUCCCGAGGGAGCAACAAAUCACGCGCUCGUGGCAACCAGCAGCGAACCAACUCGUCGCCGAGCCUCCUCACGGCUGCCGCCGCGUCUUCUGUCACCAGGGCUAAAGGUCUGUGGCACGGCGUUGCGGCGGACAAGACCAGCUGCGGAGAGCGAACCCGGAGCUCCUCGAAGGCUUUGCACCAUCACUACCUACAUCACCACCAGACCCGGAGCUCGGACCUGCACAGGGACCCGGCACCACAGCCUCCUAUCUCCAAAAUGGACUCCUGUCACAUCUCCGAGGAAGCUGGCCAGUGGGGGAACGGCCUCAUGGGAAAUGGAUUAGCUCCACCGCCAGAUCCCGGCCCUACGGCGGCGGACACUGUUCGGCUUCUCCGUGUGACCCCUCGCCUCCGGUUGUCCCGGCAGAAUAAAGCAAGGGGGCGGAGCUCGGAGGCCACAGACCUGGCAGAGAGGGACUCCUCACUCCUGGACGCCACAGAGAACGACGGCUACUUCUCGGAUUGUGAACAAAGCAACGUUGACUCCCGCGCCGCUGGACGCAAACUGCGCCUAUCGCAAUUACAUUCCGGUAACAAGGACCUUCUGAGGCGGAGCGUGUUGGCGUCCUAGAGCGCACUUGCUUCACACACCACUCCAUUGGCUGAUUGUGUCUCCAUCCCAGUGACGUGACACCAACACGGACGGCUUGUUCGACCAAAGCCUCGCCAGUGGAUCAGCUCUUGCUCUGAUUGUUUGGGGGAAUAUGAAUGUAGCUGUUUGCCUCUUUUUGCUGUCAGUUUUCCACGAGAUUCUUCAGCAAAUUAAGAACUGAACAUCAUUUUUAGUCCUUUUGGUUUUUCUAUCUCCGAUUCCUUUUUUUGGUCCUUUGAAAGUACAAAGUCUCAGCCGGACUAUGGAACUAACACUUUGGGGCAUUAUUAUUAUUAUAAUUCUUAAUAUUCAAGCUGGUUUCAGGGUCUUCUUCAGUCCCGGUCCUCGCGACAGCGACCUUGUUUUCUUGGAUAUGAUCAGUGGACCGACGAUUCCACACUUACUCACAAUUUGUGCAGAGAUAACAAGAAGUAUUCAGGCUUGAAAAGCACAACUCGACAGACACAAACACUGGUGUGUCGGAAACUAGCAGGGUUGAGGUCAUGACUCGUUGAAUUGAGAACCGAAAGGUUGUUGACUAUUGAUGGUAAAGGAAAAACUGCAUUCUAAGAAUCAUUAUCUAUCAAAUCAAUUCAUAUUUUUAUUGAAAUGGAGCCAUUUUAACUUAUAUUUUAGCUGACCAGCAUUGACUUGUUUGGAGCCGCUUGUCCUUUCCAUAGCGUCCUCUACUGUUCUAUCCUUUAAACAUAACAAUAUUUUGUAUAGGAAUGGUCUACAAUUUAAGCUCACCACAAUUUUUUUAAAGAAAUAUUAAAUUACCUGGAGGUAUGAGAUGAAAUAUAUUUUUGCAUCCCACCAAAAAAGGCUAUCGUCCGAGUUGGUCAGUCAUGAAAUUCAAUUUCAAGGUUUUUUAAACAAAAUUUUCGUUAAAAAAUGACAUUUUCUGAAAAUGAUUAUUUAAAAUAUCACUUAAGCUCUCAUAACUAUUCUAAAAACUUGAGUUGUUGCAGUGCAAUAUGGAGCUUGAGAUUGGCACCUUUGACAUAUGAAGUAUCUGGCAUUGUUGACACGACUGGAGGCUGAAGUUAAACUACACUGAAUGCAACACAGUGGUAUGAUUCAAUGAGAUUGGAGACAUUGAAUUCAACUUUAAAGCUUCAAUUGAAUUCUUAGGUGCAGAGUCACACAGGAGACUGUCCAGGGCUCAGGAUACGACAAGUCUCACCCACAGAACACGGUUGUCUCCCGCCCCCUGCAGGUGAAUCGGACCAGCCUUGGCUGUAUUUCAGCAUGUACAUGGUUUGGCUUUUCAACUGACCGUCGAUUCAAGUCGGGCGACCUCAACCCUGGAUCUUUAGUGAUUGUCACCCUUAAAGCUUUUUUCUCAAAUGUUUCCUCUGACAUUUGUGUUGCUGCUUUUAUUUUUAUUUUUUGAUUCUUCUGUUUUGGUUUCAGAAACUUUGCAGAACGUUCACCCUUUGAAACUCUCGUGCCUUCUGUCGCUCGCUCUGUGUCCCUUCGACCUUCUCAAUCAAUCAAUAAGUGGAUCAAUCAGUCGUUUCUCAAUCUAAUUUGAAAACAAUCACGUAGAAAAGAUAAGCCAGUGGAGCCGGAUUGUCACCUUAACAAAUAUCGAGUGCCUGAAAAUUGAAGGAUGUAAGCAGCGUUUGCCAAUAAUCACCCCAGCAUCCACGCAGAGCCACAGUGCAAAGAGCUGCUCCCCCCUGUGGCAGGUCAGAGCCGGCGCCAGCAAGGGUUCGCCAGAAUUCACCGGCGGACAGGUCUCCUUCGACAUGAGCUUGUUACGUUGUUACGACAGUGAACGGAACUUCUGGUGUUCCUCCCUGGCACCGCAUGAUUCGCCGCUGACUUCUGGCUCCGGUGGCGCUCGGCUCUGCCGCAUCACUUGUUCGAUGAAUGAUAACUUUGUAAGCUUCAGAGGCCUGCGAUCCUUUUUUGGUCAGCUUUUCUUUUUAAUAUGACUUUUGGUUCUUGAAAAGAUUUGUAUUUUAUACUUCAGGCAGUCUGCGGUCUUCUCAGGGGUUUAAAAACAAACAAGAGUUAAAGGAUCUAUCGAGGGGGGGACAAGAAGUAUAUAUAAAUAUAUAUAUAUAUAUAUACAGAUAUACAUAUUUUAUAUCUAUAUAGUGUCACGUGUUUGUCUGGAAACUUUCUUAUUUGACAGACAUUACUGUUUGAAAUCGCACAACUACUACUGAACAUUCACUCAGUGUGACCUCUGACCUUCAAACCUGGUGUCGAUAUUCCGAUGAUCGGGGUUCGAUUUGGCUGUGGGGGUGUUUCAGCAGGGUUUCUAUUGAAGAAGAAAUAAACAAGUUGAAAGUUCAUGAUAAAGUCAUUGAGGUGGGACAUAAAUUGAUCAAAUUAAUUAGAGGUUCAUAAUUAAUGAAUCGCGAUUAAUCGCGUUUUGAUAUUUGACGACAGAAUGAUGGAAUUUAACCUGCACACGUUAGGGAGGAAGUUCACCUCUCCUUGCGACAUUUUGUGCUUCUAUCCAGAAGUUUUUGAACUUUUGCAAUAUAUAAUAAUAAUUUAGCCUCCGUCAUCGUAAAUGCUGUGACAUCAUAUUGUAUGUUAUGUAUAUAUUUUAUCAAAGGCAAACAGUUAUAGCCCCGCCCCUGGUGACUCAACCUUUUGUGGUUCAUAUUUUAUUGACCUUUCGAUGGACUCAGAUGUCACGUAAACACGUCAGACUUCUUCUUUGUUGUAAUAAUGCGAGUAAAAUCUGUUGGGAAAUGACAUGUACCAUGAAAUGCACUGAGCACUUGAGCUACAUGAGCACUAACUGAAACAAAUUCAAGUGGAAUUAUAAGCAUAAAUAGCAUAGUUUGUUUUUAAGAGCGCUCAAUUUCUCGCCAUGAUUUGAUCCACCCAGGCCCCACAGCCAUUCUUGCCCCAGGUUUGACUGUCAGAUCCCCACCUGAGGUCCAAUCUACUUUUUAUUUCCUGCAUGGACUUUCUUCUGAAGUGAUCACGCCAAAGAACAGAUGUAAAAGUGUGUACUUACAAUAGUCCUCCAUAAACAUGCUCCGAAGGAAUGUUAAACCAGAAUGUUCCGCCAACAAGCGCGGACUGUCUGUUGCUGUCGUCUCCUUUGAGGCCCGUCGAAUCUUGCAUCGUUCUGCCCUUCAGAAAAAGCCAAAUGCUGCUGAACUGAACAUCAGCUGAACAUCAACACACACACACACACACACACACACACACAAGCAGAGCUGGUAAAACAGGGUUUUCAUCGACAAGCAGAGUCGUUGUUUUUUUAAGUUCGGUGGUCCUGACUGCAACAGGAAGCUGAAUGAAAGCCCUUCGAUUCGGGGUGGCAGUAGGUCCGAGUGGUCACGAUGGCUGCCACCCUUGGGAGUCCACCAUCACGGUGGUGCUCCAACCACUCACGUGUUGCUAAGACAGUAAAAUGUAAUCUUGGUUUCAUUGUUCAGACUUUAGUAGACUAGCUGAGGCCUCACAUGUACGGCCUUCACAUGUAGUAGCAAAUACUCCGGCUGCACAGUGCUGGCAUGAAACAAUAGGAAGUGAUGGACUUUGUCUCCUGUUUGUUUGUCAAACCAGCGCCGCAGUGCUUCGUCUUUCGUCCUCUGACUGUGCAGCCUGUUAGCAAACACAAACUGGUUAUAACGCUAGAGUUACAGCGCGGCACCACUGCCCUCUCCUUCCGCUUCGUAGAAAUGGUAGACUGGACUUUCUCACCAAUAUACACAACUUCAAAGUGUCUCUGUCCUUUGUGUUUUGCGCCGGUGUGGGCGUUGGCUGUCGGCCCCAAAUGUGCUCUGACGAUCUCUGAAUUUUGUUGCCGUCAGGUCAGCUUUCCACUUGAUACCUUUGUCGCAGCAGCAUGAGCAGAUCCGAUGGAAUGUUUGGUUUGGAAGGCGCCCCUGGGCCAUUUGGCUUCUGAGCGUUGCAACAGAGAAAUGUGCUGGUGUGGAUCCUGGUAAUCAUAAUGGCAGGUUGAGGAAUCACACCUACACUCACGUCCGCUGGAGCCCAGCGUUCCACCUCGGCUGCUGCUGCUGCUGCUGCUGCUGCUGCUGCUGCUGGUUCGGAGCCAGCACUGAUCGCUGCAGGUAAUUGGAGCGUUGCCGACAUUCACAGAGCUGCUGUCUACUGCUGUAAAACUUCUCGGAAAGAUCGGUGCACCAGCAGGGCUGGGUUCCUCACAACUUCCUCAGCUGGGAAAAGAGCCUGUUUGAAGCAGGAUUAGCAUUCCACACAACCCAGAGCUGCACGGUGUCAGGAAGCCUGGCAUCCCCGUCAUAAAGUACCAUCAUGGUUGAUCAAUAUUGCCAUACUUAAAAAUAGAUGUUUUAGGACUCAUUUUGAGUGAAAAGGAAAAGGAUUUCACAGAGAGAAAGGUACUAUUUAUCUGACAACUUAAGGUCUCGUCUGACAACUAAGUGCAGAAUGUUAGCAGUAGUUAGCUAAGAAGGCUAAUUGCUAAUGUGGGAUAUUUGACAUGGAAAGUUGGAUUAUUAAAAUUGUUUCCAGGCCAAUCGGCAACCUUGAAAGUACUCUAUUUUAAGAUGAACUGUUUAUUAAAUAUGUUUGUUUUCACGUCAGGAAUUCAGGCAUUGCACCAGAGCUACCAAUAUUAUGUUUACAAAGUACUAUGUUUGCGUUGUACUUUGUACUACAAAGUACACAGUAAAGUGGGAUAAAUUAAAAACAAUUAGUAACUUGUUUAAAAUGUUCAACCCAAAACAUUUCAUGUUUUGAAACGCAAGUUAGGGUUGACUAAAAGUAACGUCUGUGAUAUUUUUGAAAGUGAAUGAAUAGAACUGGAGCAGUUACGAACUAAUGUGGCAAGAAACUGACAAUUUAGUGUAUUAAAUGAAUAAAUAAAUGAUAAAUAAAAUAAAGGUUCACUCCUUCUUAACAUCAGCUAAAGUUGUUUAUUUUUAUAAGAUAUGUACACAUUCAUUAUUUUAUUUAUGUUAGGCAUGUUGCAUUUGUGGCACUAGAUGCAGCUCUGGAUAGCAAAACACUUAACUGAUUUGCCUCCACCACGACAAGUUAUUUGUUAUUGAACGAUGCUCCUGAGGAAGUUCUGAGGAGCCGGAAGCACGUCUGCACUUCCAGUUUUUCUCUUGUUGCUCCUUCAUCCAAUAAAAAGUGGUUUGAGGCUGUC